UUACUGGUAACAUUAAAUCCAUCAGUUGGUGGUACAUCUACAAUUAUACAGGAAUAGAUAUGGCUAGAGAUAUUAUAUCAUUAGAUGACUUAACUGUCAAUAAUGUAGGAGUAUUUAAAAAAAUCAAUCAAGUAGUAUUACCUACCACUUACUCAGAAGAAUGGUAUAAAGAAAGUCUUGAAGCUGAUCAAAUAGUUAAACUUGCAUUUUAUUCAGAAUUACCAGUAGGAGCUGUUAAAGCUAAAACUAUUAAUUCAAGUCAUAAAAUAGUAAGUUAUGAGAAUAUGCAACAACAACAAAUAAAUUCUAAAAUCAUUCCUAAUGCCAUAUAUAUUGAAAGUCUUGCUGUAUUAAAGGCUUAUCGUGGAUUAGGUAUUGGAAAGAAAUUAUUACAAUUCAUAAUUGAACAAUCUAAAACAAGAUUUGUUCAUGAAAUUUUAUUACAUGUUCAUGUGGAUAAUACUGAAUCUAUUGAAUGGUAUGAAAAGCAAGGAUUUACUAAAAGUCAAGAUAUCAUUAAGGAUUAUUAUAAAGCUCAAGGAUUAGAAAAUCCAGAUGCAUAUAUCUUAAGCUUAACAGUCUAAUUCUAAUUUGUAAAUAAACUUAAUUUUUU